AUGACAUCUUUUAAUGAUGUGGAGGAUCAAGUUGUCAUUUAUUUAGAUCAUCAAAAAGAUGGGAAAAUUAUCUACUCGGAAACAAAUUCUCUUCUCAAGACGAAACUCUUAGCGGAAUUAGUACAAAAACGAAACCAUAUUCAAGAUUUGAAGGAAUGUGUAAAUUCUGGAGAUAACAGUGUGAGAAUGAUCCUCCUUUCUCACUUUCCGAUAAUUGAUAAUCAUGAUCAAACCUACUUGUUGAAUAUUUUGGAGACUUUUAAGGAAGCAUUUAAAUUUGUUCCACAAUCAUUGAAGAAUGAUCGAAAUUUUGUUCUGAAAUGUUUGGAGGUGAAUGGAGAAUUAUUUAAAGAGUAUGAAAUACUCGCGAAUUAUGUUUAUACAGACGAGAGAACAGGGUUUUCAUUUAUUCGAAAAGCUUUUCAAUUAGAAAGUGUCGUGAAACAGUUGGAUCCAAAGACAAUUCUAAGUUUACCCUAUAGUCCUUUACAGUAUAUCAUUUCGAAUAGAGAAUUUUUUAUGAAAGCAGUUUCAAUCAAUCCAACUAUAUUUUCAUGUGCCUGUAGAACACUAAAGGCAGAUGAUGAGCUACUAUUUGAAGCAGUGAAAUAUAAUAGACAACAUUUGAAAUUUGCCUCUCUUAAACAGUUGGAAAAUAGAAAUUUAAUAUUUAGAGCUUGUGAAACCAAGGAAAGUAGUAAAAUUGGAUAUUGGAGUUCAGUUUUGACGAUUGCUUUGCCAUUAGCCAAGUAUAAUCCAGAAUUAGCUUUGGAAAUAGUGGAGAAAGACCAUGAAUCUGUUGCAUGUGCAAUCAAACAUUUCAAAAAUCACGAGAAAAUAAUAAUGAAAGUAAUUGAGAUAGCUCCAUACUUGAUAUUCAAAGUUAUCAAAAGGCAAGAAUGGUUUCCAAAUAUGAAAGAAAUUUGUCUAUUAGCCCUAAAGAAAGAUCCAUUGAUCUACAAAUACCUGGGGAGAUUUAGAUAUGAUAGGGACAUUUUCAAGUUUGCUAGUGAUUGUGGUCAUAUAUCUAUAUCAUACUUAUAUCUGUCACCUGAAAUGCUAGGUGAUAAGGUUUUCGCUGUUGGACUUGUAAGAAGUGUAAGUCCAUUGUAUUUUGAGAGACUUGAUGAGAAUCUGAAAAGGGAUCGUGAUGUAAUCCUAGCUCUUGCUGCACAUUUACAAGUACUACAGCAAGAAUUUAAAGAGAAGUAUUUACCAAAUUUAGAGAAUGACAAAGAAUUUUUAUUAGAAGCAGUGAGAAGGAAGAGAAACGGCUUCUCUAUUCUUUCAUUCGCCUCAGAUGAGUUGAAACAAGAUAGAGAACUAAUUCUUUCUGACAUUAGAAAAUGCAACAAUUUGAAUCUAGUUCCUAUCCAUCUCAGAUCAGAUCGAGAAAUAGUAGAAACUUUUAUUAAGAAUGUAAAUUUAUUUCUUUUUGAUCCAUCAAGUUUUCCUGAUAGUCUAUUGGAGGAUAGUGAGUUUGUUUGGAGAAUGAUAGAUUUGCGUCCUAAUUUGAUAAAAAAGUUUCCAAAUCAUGAAUUUUUCAAAGAAAAGAAAAUAAUUCUCAAAAUGAUUUCUAAAAAUAUUCUCUGUAAUGAAAUUAUUUCAAAUGAACUUAGAGAGGACAGGGAUAUUAAAUUGGCAUUGAUAAAAAUAGGGAAUUAUCCAUUCAAGGAAUGA